GGGCGCAGGCGAACGAUAAAAUAGAAUCACUCGCAGCCAGCCAUAAGUGCAGAAAAUAUACAAAGAAUUCAAAUUCCAUUCGGAAAUUCGCGUGAAUCAACAUUAUACCAAAGAGUGUAUUACUUUAAAACGUGGUCAACAUAUUAAACAAUAUAAAUUGUUUAAUAUCUGUGGAAUUAAAGUUUUUGCAAGCGCAAGAAAAAAACUAACGACAGAACAAAAUGAGUGCUGGUGGCAUGGGAGAGAAAAGAAAAUUGUCUACUUCGGGCGAUUCUCUUUAUCAAAUAUUGGGACUUCCUAAAACAGCCACGGCUGAUGAUAUUAAGAAGACUUACAGAAAACUAGCACUGAAAUACCAUCCAGAUAAAAAUCCAAAUAAUACCGAUGCCGCCGACAAGUUCAAGGAAGUGAAUCGCGCUCAUUCUAUAUUGAGCGAUCAGACGAAGCGUAAUAUUUACGAUAAUUAUGGUUCAUUGGGUCUCUACAUUGCUGAACAAUUUGGCGAAGAAAAUGUAAAUGCCUACUUUGUUGUGACAUCCCCGGCGGUGAAGGCGCUUGUUAUUUGCUGCACUAUUUUGACUGGCUGUUGCUGUUGCUGCUGCUGUUGUUGCUGCUGCAACUUCUGUUGUGGCAAAUUUAAGCCACCAGCGAACGAAUCGCACGAUCAGUAUGCACACUUGAAUCGUGGCGAAGGGGAUAGAGAACCUAGUGAUAAUUCAACAAAUAGGAUACAGGCCACAGCGCAUAAUGAGGAUGCCGAUUUGGAUGAUGUUAACUUAGGCCCCGGUCCAAAAACUCAACAACCAGGCGUUGGUGGCGCCGGUGGACAGCAGCAACCCGCUUUCGCGAUGCCACCGCCACCACAAGCUGCCGGUGGCACUGGCGUGAAUCCGUUCACAGGCGCACCAGUAGCCGCCGCAACGGAGAAUACAUCGCUCAAUGCUACAGAACAGCCGACAUAUACGCCAGAUAUGGUAAACCAAAAAUAUUAGACGCAUCCAACAGCAAAGAAUCAAAAAUCAGAAACAAUGCGCAAAUCAAAGCAAACAAAAAAAAAUUGCUUCAUAAAGCAACGUCCAUCAACUUCACAUAUUCAAUAACCAUUUUCUCUGCAAUAUGCAUAGAAAUAUAUAGCAAGCAACAACACCACAAAAAAAAAAUAUAUAUAUAUAUACAUAUAUACUACUAAAACACACCUACACACUUUACACUAUAAUUUACAUGUGUAUACUUUAAAUGUAUUGUGAUUUGCGAACUACUUUUCCUUUUAUGAAAUUUGUUUAUAUUUUUAAAGUACAUAAAAACAAGAAAAAACCACAAGAAUUUAGAAUUAGUAUAAAAUAUAUUUUAAAUAAAUCACUGAGUCGAUUUAAAACCAAUGCUUAGAGUAAAUUAAUGUGAGAUGCGAGGAGGAUACGAAUGAAAGCAAGGCUCGCGUUUUUUGAAGUUUGAAAAGUAUCAACAGCAGCUUGAGCUGAAAAAUUCUAACUAAUUUGGAAGUUUUGGCUGGCGAUGUUGAAAUGAAGGGAAGAGUUGAAAGCAUAAUUGGCCUAAUACAAAGGCAAGGAAAUUCACUUGGCUGCCGGUCCGGUUGCCCGCUAAACUGUUGAUAUUCGAUACCGAACACUUGCUCUUAUGGGGUACUUCUACUCUUUAUAAUAUUUUGUAGUGCUGCUUUAAUUGGUGAAAAUUACAGCAACAUACAUACAUACUAUACAUGCAAAAUAAUAUAAUAAAUCAAUUUUAUAAACACACAUGCAUAUAUACGAGUGCAGUUAGAGUAAUAUGUGGAAGAGCACUUUAACAGUAAUGAAAAAAAAAAAAAAUAUUUAUGCUAGAAAAAUUUUCCAAAUUUAUGCAAAAAAAAAUUUAGAGAUCUCAGAUUUCAAAUACAAUAUUUUUUUUCACAAUUCGCCACAAGAUUGGUUUGUAUAUUUCUUAAGCAAUUUGCUUCACGCUUAAUUUUCGUAUUUUUCAUUUUUAUAAAUAUAAAUAAAUUCUUUAUAAAUGUAUUUGUAAGGCAAGUACGAGCUGCACACAUGCACACACAUACCUAUGUAUAAUAUCACUACCUAAUGAAAUGCAAACAAUCACGCCUGAAAUUCUAUAAAAUUUGUCUUUUGGCAGCAUUCGAAAAUAAAAAAUUCAGCAGUUCGUUCCAAGUUGAAUCUUUUAAAGGUUUACCAACAGUGCUGAUUAUUUUUUUUUUGCUUUUGGCUGUCAGCUCAGCAUGAAACAAGGCGAAUUCACUAUUUGUUUUCUAGUUUCCCAAUACUUUGCUUUGCUCAAACAUCAAAACAUUGUUGUUGGUCUAGUGCCACUACCUUUAAGGGGUUACAUGGGUUUCGUCGGGUAAAAAAGGCCUAUUUUCAAAAUUUUUUUUUCUAUGUAUAAAAUUAUUUGUUUAAUUCAAAUUUUUUCUGUCUUAUAGAUACAUAUUUAAAGAAUAGUUUCUGAAAUUUUCAAAAAAAAAAAUUAAAACUCCUCCAUUGUGACGUCAUUUUCGGUGAUCCCUCGAAAAAAGGUGCGUCCGCGUUGUCCGCAUAACUCCUGACAGGAUCAUCAAAAAUGAAAAAAAAUUAAGUGUUUUAAUUAAGACCAUAAACUCGUGCUUGAUCGAAAGAAAGAAAAAAAAGUAAAAAUUGGAAUUUUGGCAGACAUUUAAAAAAAAAAAAAAAGAAAAUUUCGGUCAAAUUUGCUGGACAUUUGGUUUUUUGUUAAAUAGUUGUAAUUGAAAAAAAAAACAACAAAGUUCUUAGUUCAAGCACGAGUAAAUUGUAUCUCGAACACCUGUGCAAAAUUUUAUCAAGAUCGGUUGAGUAGUUUUCGAGAACAUUUGACAACCAACUUUGAAAACACGGUUCCGCGUUUAAAGUUUUGAGUAGCAAUAAAAGUGGCUUGGAGCGCACACCUUCCAAAUGUUGUAUCUCCGAAACUAUUAUUCGGAUCGACUUGAAAAUUUAGGACAAUAUUCAUGAGAUGUUGUAGAAAUUAAUAAGACAAAAAAAAUCGAUUUUUUGAACCCACGAAACCCAUGUAACCCCUUAAUGAAUGCGCCUUGGUUCGUUCAGUAAGAAAUUGUUUCGAACUGCUGGUUUCGCGAUAAAACGCUGUAGAAACGCCUGCAUAUGAAUAAAUAUUUAUUUCCUGCGCAUCAAUGGUAUGGCAAGCAAAAUAUGAGUAUUUGCAAAAAGUUCUUUCACCAUAAAUCCUUUAUAGGCUUCUAUGCUAGCUUAGUGAGUGAGUGUUUCAUAUCUCCACUGAUUUGUCGCUGAAAUACAAAAUUAUUAACACAACGAAUUCUAACUAAAAGCCAUUCUUAAAUACAAGAUGCCAAAAUUAAUCAUCUAAGUUUGCUUUUCAAAAACUUUUUUAUUAAGAAACAAAAAAAAAACGAUUUGAGUGAUGGAAAUCUUUAUUUUGCCCUUUGCGCGUUGCUUAUCUGCUUGUGUACUGCAGCUGUCUAGUUCACAAGUGUCGAAAAUGGUUUACGUAAAUUUUCCAAUAAAAAAAAUUAAUAAAUAAUUGGCGCGUACAAUUCUGCUAGGUGCUUGGCCGAGCUCUUUCUUCUAUUUGUGGCGUGCGUCUUAAUGUUGUUCCAAAAUGCGUAAAUUUUCCAACUGGGUGAUUAAUUUUGCGCCACCUUGUAUGUAUGCAUUAGUCGCAUUUUGUGUGUCAUUUUUCGCUUUUUACAUUAAACCGAACGAAGUUUAUAAAAAAUAAAACAUAAAUGUAUGCAAAGUAUUAAGAUUUUAAUUCAUUCAAAAUUAUUUUUAUUUUUCCUUACGCCAUACUUCAUCGAACUUCAACCAAAUUCCUAACAAAAAUUACAAAAAAAAAAAAAAAUUUAGUGAACUUUAAAAUUAAAAUUUCAUUCCCAUUUAAAAAUGUUUAAAUUGUAUGGCAGAUUUUUUAAUUUUAUUCAAUAAAUUUAUAUGAAAAUGAAAUAAAAAAAAAAAAAAAACAAAGGAAAUAUUAAAUCCUAAAUCAAUAGAUUUUGCUCCACAUUUUUUAAUUUAUUUACAAAUAUUCCAUGUGUAUUAAAAAAUUAAAUUAAAAACAAAGUGUGUAGAAGAUUUUUAUGAACAGGUGAUGGCUAUUCAUGAGCUCAAUAUUUUUCGAGCAACUGAGUAAUACCGCUCCAUCGAGUCCACCUUUUUGACAUUUAUAAACUCUUUUUGAAUUUGUCAAUCGUUUGCACAGAAAAUUAGAAAAAAUUUAAUGUAAAUUUUUUACUCAACUAGAAACUUUUUUAAUUUGUAUAUUUUUAUAUAAUACAACUGUGCGAAAUUUUAGAAUUGAAACAUUUUUUUAUUGAAAUUUUUCACGAGCAGUAGAAACUGCUUAAUAUCUGAGUAUCUUUACACUGGAAAUUAAUUUAAUAUUUUUCUUUAAUUAUGUGUCUUGAAAGUUUUUAGCACUCUGCUUAAAUUUUGAGUAAAAAAUGAAUUUAAAUUGGAAAUAAAAAAAAAAUGUAAUAACUUUUUUUCAUAAAAUUAGAAAUUUCUCAAUUCGUAACUUAUUUUAUGGAAUUUGCAAUUGAAUGGGGCCACCAAAACAAAUAUGAAAGUGUAGUGGCAAAAAAUAUGCGUUAUUCUAUUCCUUCAUACCUUAAAAGAAAACAAAAAAUAAUAAAAAAAUUAAUUAAAAAAUACUAAGCACUGCGUUGGUGAUUAAUCAAAUUUGUAAUUAAUUGCCGUAAAUAACGAAACAUUUUUAUAACAGCAACAUACAAUUAGAGUAAAAAAGAAACACGCAGUGUAAAAUAAGAAAAAAAUGUAAGAAAUAACACAAAGAAGCAAAAAAGUAAACAAGUGAGCCGUUAUCAUUUUACCCGCAUCAAUAAGAGAAAUGUAUUGUAAAAUUAAAAAAAAUUAAAAAUUAAAUUGAAAUUAAUUUUAAUUAAGAAUUAUUUAAAAAAAAAUUAAAUUUAUCUAUAAAUAUGUAUAAAUUUUGCAAUAUCUCAUUUGCAGCACUGUGAAAAGCAAAGAUUCCAAAAUUUGUAAAAUUGUUUAGAAGUUAGUUUUUCAAAGUAAAAAUCUAUAUAAAUAAAAUUCAGCAACUCUUAUACGUAUGCAUAUUUAAGGCGGCAGUACACAGGCAUUGUAGGACGAUCAGAAUUGGAAAGGAGGUUGGCGGUAGAGUCGGAAGCGCAGCAGUUUUAAUUAUUUAUUAACCAAUGUUUUUUUUAUAUUGAAAUAGUAAAAAGCAAAAUAUAAG